CACUGUGUCGCUCUCUCUGUGUCUCUGUCUCUUUCUCAUCCCAUAUCCAGAGGGAUUUAAGACUUCCAACAAAUAAUUUCAAAGGGUCAAUUGAAUUUUAACAAACUUUUUACUCAAAAAUCCUAAAAAGAUUUGAUCUUAAAAGAUGUUUAGAUAUAUUUUUUAUUACUUUUUCCCCACAACAAUUUCUCAGUUCAACUGCAGCAUUUGAUAUCCAGUAAUAACUAAAAUGAAAAUUUAAAAAACUUGCAUGAAAAGAUUGCCUUUUAAAUGUUAAGUUUAUUUAACAACUUAGGUGAGGAGUGCUAUUUUUAAAUGAAAACAAGCUCUGUUUCAAAAGGGUUAAACAUACACUGUCUCCUGCUCCAGGACUGAAUCACUGACCGUGAGCCCUCCCUCUUCUUCCUGCUAACCCUUUAGGGGUCUAACUCAGCACCUCCUCUCUGUCUACCUGUUUCCUUGUUCCCUCCCCUUCAGAUCUGCAGUUUGAAUAGGGUGUAGCAAAUGUGGUGACGUGUAAGAGCUGACAGGUCCCAUUAACUACAGAAACGUAUGUUGUUUAGAUCAGAGGUCAGACCAGUUUCAUUUAUAAGGAAGUGAAACUCAGUCACUGAUACUGAGAGUAGAAAUGGCGCAGAAAGGAGUUCAGCUGGACCGAGAAACUUUCUCUUGUUCGAUCUGUUUGGAUCUACUGAAGGAUCCGGUGACUAUUCCCUGUGGACACAGCUACUGCAUGAACUGUAUUAAAAGUUUCUGGGAUGAAGAAGACGAGAAAAAAAUCCACAGCUGCCCUCAGUGCAGACAGACUUUCACAGCGAGGCCUGUCCUGGUGAAAAGCACCAUGUUAGCAGUUUUAGUGGAGCAGCUGAAGAAGACUGGACUCCAAGCUGCUCCUGCUGAUCACUGCUAUGCUGGACCUGAAGAUGUGGCCUGUGAUGUCUGCACUGGAAGAAAAAUGAAAGCCUUCAAGUCCUGUUUAGUGUGUCUGGCAUCUUACUGUGAGAAACACCUUCAGCCUCAUUAUGAUUCACCUACAUUCAAGAAACACAAGCUGGUGGAGCCCUCCAAGAAGCUCCAGGAGAACAUCUGCUCUCGUCAUGAUGAGGUGAUGAAGAUGUUCUGCCGUACUGAUCAGCAGAUUAUCUGUUAUCUCUGCCCUGUGGAUGAACAUAAAGGCCACGACACAGUCUCAGCUGCAGCAGAAAGGACUGAGAGGCAGAGAGAGCUGGAGGUGAGUCGACAAAACAUCCAGCAGAGAAUCCAGGACAGAGAGAAAGAUGUGAAGCUGCUUCAACAGGAGGUGGAGGCCAUCAAUCAGUCUGCUGAUCAAACAGUGGAGCACAGUGAGAAGAUCUUCACUGAGCUGAUCCAUCUCAUCCAGAAAAGAAGCUCUGAUGUGAAGCAGCAGAUCAGAUCCCAGCAGGAAACUGAAGUGAGUCGAGUCAAAGAGCUUGAGGAGAAGCUGGAGCAGGAGAUCACUGAGCUGAAGAGGAAAGAUGCUGAGCUGAAGCAGCUCUCACACACACAGGAUCACAUCCAGUUUCUACACAACUACCCCUCACUGUCAGCACUCAGUGAGUCUACAGACUCAUCCAGCAUCAAUAUCCGUCCUCUGAGCUACUUUGAGGAUGUGACAGCAGCUGUGUCAGAGGUCAGAGAUAAACUACAGGACAUUCUGAGAGAGGAAUGGACAAACAUCUCACUGACAGUCACUGAAGUGGAUGUUUUACUGUCAGAUCCACAAGAGCCAAAGACCAGAGCUGGAUUCUUAAAAUAUUCAUGUAAAAUCACACUGGAUCCAAACACAGCACACCCACAGCUGUUAUUAUCAGAGGGGAAAAGAAAAGCAACAGUAGUGAAACAACUACAGUUUUAUUAUGAUCAUUCAGACAGAUUCACUGGAAGUGGUCAGGUCCUGAGUAGAGAGAGUCUGAGUGGACGUUGUUACUGGGAGGUGGAGAGGAGAGGGGGAGGUCUUUAUGUAGCGGUCGCAUACAAGAAUAUCAGCAGAGCAGGGAAUGAAUGUGUAUUUGGACGUAAUGACAAAUCUUGGUCAUUAGAUUGUAACAACAACAGUUAUAUGUUUUGGCACAACAACAUCCAAAUUCCCAUCUCAGGUCCUCGUUCCUCCAGAGUAGGAGUGUACCUGGAUCACAGAGCAGGUAUUUUGUCCUUCUACAGCGUCUCUGAAACCAUGACUCUCCUCCACAGAGUCCAGACCACAUUCACUCAGCCGCUCUAUGCUGGACUUAGGCUUUACAACAAUUAUGGAGAUAUUGCUGAAUUCAUUAAACUGAAAUAGACUGAAGUCUUUCAUAUUGCGUGUUUAAAUCUGUAUUUUACUUUCAUUUUAUUUUCUCUCCAUCAUUUCUGCACAGAGAUCAGCUGUCAGUCAAACAUUAUGGGUGGUGCCUCCACAUCUUCUACUUGUUCUCUUGAUGUUUCUGAGUUUUUUAGGUGGAGCUUUAGAUGGAGUCUUUUUAGCCACGUGUAACGAUGGAGCUCUGUGCAGCCAGGAAAAGGACCCAAAUGCAAACUCACUGAGACGAGAAGUAAACAAAAAAAACCCAAAAUCCCACUGUGUUAUUGCAGACAUAGAGAAGAUACAAAAUAGAAUUAAUCUAAACUGGGAUGCUGAAACCUAGAGGAACACAGGGAGAUGCACACAGCUAUGAGGGAAACAAGACACCAGAACUCACAACAAAGAUGAUCAUAGCCACACACAGGGAGACAAAGAGGGCUAAGACACAAGGGAGAAACUAAUAAUCAAAAAGCUAAACAGAAUAACCUAGGUACUAAAGAAUCCCUCUAGUCUAGACUAACACAGAGGGCUUAAAUAAUAAUACAAAAAUGACAAAAACACAAGAAACUGAAAUCGCUGGGUCACCGACCCAGGACCAUGACACCAUGGAGGCUAUCACUGCUCGUGAAGAUUUGUAUUUACAAAAAUAUUUGCCCACAUUAAAAUGUAAACUUCUCCAUCCUCUAAAUGUUUGCAGAAUAUUUUUUAAUGUACUUAUAUGUUGCUGUUUCUCUUCACGGGUCUUAACAAAAUGAUAAACAGUCCUUCCUUUAUCACACAGAUUUUCUCAAUAUUCUCAUUACUUUGUACAUUUGUAACGAAAGAAAACUUAAUUUCAGAGAUAUGAGUGAAGUUUUUGCUUACUUGUUAAUUUUUGUACUUAAAAAAAAAACAGUCAUAUCUGACCUUUAAAUUAUGAAAGGUUUUAAGAUUUCUUGAUUCAUCUCAGUUAAAAUGUGACAUUUUCCAGCAGUGAACUGUUUUAGGAUAUUUGCACAUGCGGCAUCAGUGUUAAAGGUUGUGACUCCUGUGAACAAACUGACACAGUGUGAUAUUGCAGAUAUUAAAAUCUCUCUUUACUGAUGUCCAUCUUUUUAGACGGAUUAAACUCUUUAUAAUAAAGUUUACUGUGUCAUAAUUCAUAUUAAAGUGUGUCAAAGCAUCACUAGUUAGUUAUUUCGUUUGGAGCUGUCAUCUAGCACUGUAGAAAUGUUUCCUUCAGCUUCAGCACACAGUGUUAAAAACAGAACAAACUAUUGAUGAGAACAAACAGCAGAGACAUAGUAUCAGCAAACACCAUGGUUUAACAUGAACACAGUAAAAAUCUAAUAAAAUAGUAAAAAGGAUUUCCUGUAGACAUUUCUUUGGUCAUUAGUUUCUGUCAAUAGGAAUUUCAAGUUCAGCUCAGUGUGUUUGAUUUUCUUCAAACUGAUACCUGACUGUGAACGUCUUUUUUUAAAAAUCUGUCAAAAAAAAAGUACUGAAAAACCCCUCCAUACCCACAGAUAUCAAUUAAUAUAAAUCCACAGCUGAACUGGAGGAGCAGCUGAUCUAAUUCACUCAUAUCUUUCUGGACUAAGAGUUGGAGCAAAUACCAAGUUUGAGUCAGUGAUGUUUGUUUUUGUUAAAUAUUUUGUAGCUCCAAGAGUGAGUUUUACUCAGGAUGAUGAUGUUCUGAAUUAAAAAAAAAAGAAAAGAAAAAAAAAGGUCAAAUUCUUC